AUGCGUCUCGUUCCCGCCGUCCUAGUUGUAUUAGCCCUAGGCGUUAGUAGCCUGUUGUCCGUCGUGUCUGCGUUGCCUGCCAUUGCUCCUCUGCCUGCCACCGAUUCCGAAUCUUCAGUGCAUUCCACUGCGCGAUUCUCUCCUCCUACCUAUCGUCGCGCAGUUCCAGUCACCCCUGCGCCUCCAUCAUUUUCCGGCACAACUCGCAAGUCCAACCCCGGAAAAUUCUACAUCACGUUCGUCCCGGGUAUCGAUGAGUCCCUAAACAACCGUCGGGUUCCUUUCUCCCACGGGGACCAUUCCACCGCGAGUCGGAUGAGGGGACAGGUACCGGUCGAGACGUUCUUGAAUCAGAGACUUUCGAUAACGCGGGACCGAAUUACUUGGAUGAAUUCAUAUGCAAUGGAUGAUGAUCCGGGCCAUGUACGAUUCAAGAUGAGAUAUGAACAUGGUGGGCCGAACCCAACGUUCAUUAUUGGGAUUGUGGAAGCGGGCACGACGGGUGCUGGAGCAGACAGUGGUCCCGUUGGUAGUCAAAAUACUGCUAUCGUGCGCGGUGUGUAUAGUAACACGCUCACCGAGACAGCAGAAGACUUCGACCGGCUGAUGGAGACUUUCCGGCAAGAGUAUACCCAGCGGUAG